AGAGCCUGAGCACGUGCAGAUGUGCGUCUUGGUUUUUUUAGGACUUCCGCCGCCUAUUGAUGUCUAUCGUGUGGGAAGCUUUUCUUUGUAUGAAAAAAAAACCUGUCAUUUUUUUCUCGUGACUCUGGCGAACCCAUCUCAUUAUCAAACUGAAGUUAUGUCAUAGCCAUGAAGGGUAUUGUGCACAAGAAAAGCCUUUUCUUAUGUACGUUGAAAACCUCGAAAUGAACGACUCGCCAAAAUGGCUUCUUUUCAUCAAAGUAAACGGUCAGGUAACAAGUGAUACGCUGUGAAAGUAAGGAUAACAACUGAAGCUGUUCGAGGAAUCAACCAAAGUAGGAGUAUUUUCAUCGUCAUGAUACUCAGUGCGCUCUUGUUCAAAGCGAUUCUCGUUGCUUUCCUUGGCUUUCUGGAUAAUUGGCAAGCGGAUGCGUGUUCAGCUCCUAACAUUCGUGAAAAGGAAGGAAACGAGAUAAAAGUCAUCGAGGUGACCAGCGGAAAGGAUGUUAAACUCACUUGCCAGAUCAGAACCGCUGGUCAGACCUCAAAACCAAGGUAUUACUGGCUCAAAGACAAUCAGACGCUCAGUCCAUCGAGUCAUCAUCGUCUGAGGUUAAAACUCUACAGAUACCUAAAGAUAAAAAGAGCUAAGAAAGAGGACACCGGCUUCUACACCUGUGUCGCAGUAAAUGACUGUGGCAAGAAUCAUUUUACAAUGCACCUAUUUGUCAGAAUUCAACGCUCAAAUACUGUGGCUGUUCUGUGCUUUACAGCUGCUCCAAGAUUUACGGUACAGCAAGGCAAGAUGAGCCGCAACCUUCUUACAGUACCCGUUGGACAGUCUGUAAAGCUGGACUGUUCUGCCGAAGGAAACCCUCGUCCUACCGUGAAAUGGUACAAAGACGGAAACUUGUUUAAGGAAAGGAAAAGUGGCUACAAACUGUAUUGGAGUCGAUGGGCAACCAUGUUGAUUCUGAAGGGCUUGGUUCCCUCUGACGCUGGGUCAUACAUGUGUAAUGUGAGCAACUCAUACGGGUGGAUUAAUCAUACAUACAAACUAAACGUUCAUGAACGAGCUCGUGCUGAACCAGUUGUUCUACCCAUGGAAAAUGUCACAGUUUAUCGAGGGGAGAAUGCCAGCUUAACAUGCAAAGCAUCAAGUGAUUCCAUGCCUCAUUUCCAGUGGCUAAGGUGGUUUCCUCUGCGUUCCAACGGUUCGGCCAACAGUUCGGCAGAUGAUUCAAUUGAAACUCCUCACUACGAAAUCGUGAAUAAAGAAGACACAGACCAACAUGUAAUUUUGCCUCCAAGUGACGGCAAAAUGUUUGAUUUCCACGGAGCGAAGUUGACUUUGUUUAAUGUCACAAAGAGGGACGAAGGAAAAUACGCUUGCAAUGUGAGAAAUGCUUUUGGUUACGCAGUCGAACAUACUUACAUCAUUGUCCAAAACAUGGAUAAAGCAAAACCAACUGAAGCUGAGAAAACUGAAAGCACCACAGAUGGUUUAACUGUUAGCCUGACAUCCAUCAGUUCUGAAAGUGAAGCAGAUUCGAAGACAUCAAUGGGUUGGACUGAUAGAAUAAGGUACCCGGCGGCUGUAAUCGCAGUUUCAGUGGGCGUGGUCGUCAUGUUGAUCAUAGCUUCCGGUCUCUGUUAUUGGCAUGUGAAGAAAGGCCGAGCGAGCUCGUCCGCAACGAUGAAAGGCCGACACAACAUCACUUCACUUCAAGCGACGUACGUAGUUCAGUCGAAUGAGUACGUAAUAGUGCCAGACCUAAAAGGACUUGGGAAUGAUUUUGGCACCAACUGAUUGUAAACAAAAAGCCACAUGAAAGAGGAACUCAAAAGUAAACUUUGUAAAAGAGAAAAAAAAGGGGGAGGGGGGGGGGAAAUAACGGCAAGGCAUCUCAGGUUGUUUUCGAAAAAAGAGUCUUUUCCAACUUCAUUUUCAAAGCUUGGAAACGACCCUUUCUACUGUGACAGAGACGUCGGCAACAAGUUACGCAAUGUAAGUAGUUUGCUAACUUUAGCAAAAAUGCUUAAAAAGUUAAAUCAAGGAAAGGAAAUAAAUUCGGAAAAAAAACUGAAUCAUGAAUUUCAAACGCACUAUCGUGCCUGAUCUGCGCUAGACUAGACUUUGAAUGGGGAAAGGUGAUAAAAUAAAAGAGGCUCUUAGCGAAAGCCAAAAAGAAGCAAUAAACAAAGGUCGAUAAACAUGCCCAGCGCUGAAUUUGACGAAAUUAGAGCAUGAACAGAGACGAAAAACACCAAAAGGAAAACAAAUGGACUGACCGAGUUUUGAAGGUUUUUCUCUCUUGUAAGAUAGUCAUAAGCUUAACUACGGUGUUUAAAUUCAA